AUGGACCCCGACGCAAGCAUCCCCACUGAACCCGCCCCCUCAGUCUUCAACUAUGUCCUCUCCUUCCUCCUCGUCGGCGUAGCAUGGGGCUUCACAACCCCCUUUAUCCGACGCGCCGCGGCAGACUUCAACGCCCGACAAGAAAAACAAUCCGGAACCGACACUACACGGGGUAGAUCACGAUCACAGGGUGAAGAAGGCGGGGAAGAGAGACAGGAAAUACUCGGUCCGGAAGAAGAGGGCGUGCGGAGGAGGAGUGGGAGUCAGCAGAGAGAGGAUGGGGAUGAGAGUGCGAGGCAGUUGAACGCGGAGUUGGAAGUGGAGGUUGAUGAUACGCCUACUGCUGCGUGGAUGCGGAACUCCUCUGGAUCUGGAUCUGGAUCGUGGGUCAAGAGGAAGAUUGUGACUAUUUUCUGGACAGUUGUCAAUCUGUUGCGGACGCCUGCUUAUUCGAUUCCAUUGGUGAUUAAUUUGACGGGGAGUAUUUGGUUUUUCCUUUUGGUUGGGAAACAUGAAUUGUCUUUGACUGUUCCACUUGCCAAUUCCAGUGCGUUCUUGUUCACUGUUCUGGGCGAGUGGUAUGUCGACCGCAAGGUUAUUGCGAAGCAGACGUGGUUGGGAUUGGUUUUGGUUUUGGGUGGGAUUGCAUUGUGUGUGCAUUCGAAGAAUCAGAUGAGUUAG